GUUGGGUCUAAAUGAGCACCAUCAAAAUGAAGUUAUUAAUUACAUGCGUUUUGCUCGUUCAAAAAGAGGCUUGAGACUCAAAACUGUAGAUUCCUGCUUCCAAGACCUCAUGGAGAGCAGGCUGGUGGAGGAGACCUUCACCAUAGAUGAAGUCUCUGAAGUCCUGAAUGGGUUACAGGCCGUGGUCCACAGCGAGGUGGAGUCUGAGCUCAUCAACACGGCCUACACCAAUGUGCUACUUCUGCGGCAGCUUUUCUCACAAGCUGAGAAGUGGUACCUCAAGCUACAGACAGACAUCUCUGAACUUGAAAACAGAGAAUUAUUGGAACAAGUUGCAGAAUUUGAAAAAGCAGAAUUUACAUCUUCAAAUAAAAAGCCCAUCAUAGAUAACAUAAAGCCAAAACUUGCUCCACUUAACGAAGGUGGAACAGCAGAACUCCUAAACAAGGAAAUUUUAAGACUUCAAGAAGAGAAUGAAAAAUUAAAGUCGAGGCUGAAGACCCUUGAAACACAGGCAACAAAUGCAUUGGAUGAGAAGUCAAAACUAGAAAGAGCACUGCAAGAUUUACAGCUUGAUCAAGGAACUCAGAAGGAUUUUAUAAAGGCCCAAGACUUGAGUGACUUGGAAAACACAGUUGCUGCUUUAAAGAGUGAGUUUCAGAAGACACUUAAUGACCAGACAGAAAACCAGAAGUCCCUGGAGGAGAAUCUAGCGACGGCCAAGCAUGACCUACUCAGGGUGCAGGAGCAGCUGAGCAUGGCUGAAAAGGAAUUAGAGAAAAAAUUCCAACAAACAGCAGCUUAUCGAAACAUGAAAGAGAUUCUCACCAAGAAGAAUGACCAAAUCAAAGACCUGAGGAAAAGACUGGCGAAAUAUGAACCUGAAGAUUAAAAACUGAAGAAGAUUUCAUCUGGAAGCUGCCACUAUAUGAAAGUACAAGCCGUUUCUCACCUCAGGCAUGUAUUUGAAGCAGUUUGUUGUAUCCCCUCUCUUUAUUUUUCUAAUAUUUAGACUUUGCUUCUGAUAUUUAGAACUAGAGUUCCUAUUUCAGUUACCUAAUUGAGGAGAAAACCUACUGACUGAUUCUGGCCUGUCAUCCCGAACUCCUCUCUGCUGAGUGUUCCAGAAUCUUAGUUCAAAUGCAGUGAGAAUUCUUUAUAGUAAAGAAGAGGCUUAUCCUUUUGCAUUAGUGUAAAGAGCACGCCUUUUCAAUAAAUGUUAAAGCUAGCAUUGUCUGUACUUGUGCAUUCCCCAGAGUAAAAAUAUAGAAUUAUUAAAGAUAGUUAUUACAAAUAAACCUUAUUUUU